AUGUCCUCUGCCAUCUUUGAUCCUGCUAUGCUCACUGCUUCUCCCUCACCCUCUCCUGAGCCUGAGGAGUGCACCCAAAACAAUGGCGACACCACUCUCGACACUGUGCCUCCAAAGGAGCCACAGGAAUCCAUCGCCAAUUGGAUCGAACGGUCCUGGGCGGUGGUACUUGAUACCAUGCACAUUUGCAUGAAGAUGUCGCCUCCUCCAAAACCAGAGCUCCUGGAGGAGCAAGAGUCGUGGCUCCAUGACUGGAAUACCGCUAUGGCCGAUAUGACUUCCGUCUUCAAACGGGCGUGCGCCAUGCAGCUGCAUGUUUUGAUUGGUGACGUGGACACCAUAGAGCUCAACAAGGGCAAACUUGCCGCCAAGACUUUGGCGAAGGCCGUCAAGGCAUGGAAGGAGAAAGCAGAGGAGUCGGCUUUGACUGUGCACCCGACGUGCGCUGAGAAGGAGAAGGCGGCAGAGAAGUCGAAGUCUUCUGAGAAAGGGAAGGGGAAGGAGGCCGAGAAGGAUAAGGAGCCUUCGCCUAUUCAUUUUGGCGGGCGCAUGACUGCUACUUCGGUUAUGCAACUGGCGAAGGAGUGUAUGUGGUGCGCUGCAUCUGGCGCUAAGUGCGUCCUUGAAGACUCAAAUGCAAGGUGCAAUCCUUGCAUCAAGGCCAGGAAAGGUUGUUCCUUUGUCGCAGCCAAGAACAAGGAGCAUGCACCUGUUCUGACCAAGGACAAGGUUGCGCCUUCUUUGAAGUUGAGCACGCCGACUGCUGCCACUGUGCCCGAUGCUGGUGAAUCAGAGGUGGAGAUAGUCGGUGAGACUACCGCCAAUGAGGAUGUCACUGGUGGUGCGCCCUCACCUCACCUUGAGGCUCAACUUGAGGAGGUGCAGAUUGAGUCUGCGCAGCUUUGGCUUCACAACGCCGAAUUGGAGACAGAGGUGGCUAAGUAUCGGGAGACGCUUGUCGAUCUGCAACAGCACACUCAUGUGCAGGAGUCAGAAUUGCUCCACAUGAGCAACCAGCUGUAUUCUUUUGCAUGCAACUGGGGUUCUUGGGAGAAGGAGAUCGGCGAGAUGCUAGAGAAGUAG